AUGGACCAUUAUCCUCAAGCAGAUCGCUAUCCUGACAAUGGCUCUAACCGUCGUCCUUACGACGACCGCAUGCCACCAAGAAAUCCUUACAUAGAACGUUAUCCAACAUCUAAUUAUGAUUAUCGUUAUCCUACUACGAGUCGUUACCCAUUACGAGACCGUUACUCACCGUAUCGUCCUAAUAAUGGGCAUUAUUCGCCGCUUAACGAUAACAAAUUGCCUGGUGAUAUAACUCAUUCCAGACCCCAUCCACCUGACGACGUACCAUAUCGCCCGUACCUUAUUGGAAAUCGUUAUCCCGACGAUCGGUUCGCUAUUCGAUAUCCAUCGCGUUAUCCACCACCUCGUGAUCCUCUAAAUGCUUAUACAGGACAUGAUGCACCUGACGGCAUUUUUCCCGAUCGACGUUUUCGCCCCUCCUCGUAUGACUCACGCUAUCCGCUUGUUACUGAAGGUUCCCGUGAUAACAUUCCGCCUCCUCGUUAUGGAUCUGACGGCAGAUAUCCUCCUGAAGAAAUUCUGCACAAUGCUCGCCGACUUGAACCUGACUCCAAUAGGCGUUAUCCGUCAGCUCCUUUAAUGCCCCCACCAGCGACACCUAAUCGUUUUCCGGUAGGUACUGACCGUUUUCCUGCAGACAUAUACAAAUAUGGUAACCGUUUUAGUAAUCCCAAUUCAGGAGCAGCUGGACCAGGUUACCGACCGCGACCUCCACCUCCUCCUGCCUUUUAUGAUAUGGACUACGAAGAACUACUACGUUAUAACGAUCGCUACAGCCCGUACGAUUGUGAUUAUGACAGAUCGUUGGGUCGCAGACCUGGUCCUUCUGGAUUAGGUUACCCACCCUAUGAAAAUCCUUUCAAUCGUCCUUACCACGGCGGUAGCGGUUCCUUGACGCCCUUGCCUAAUGAUCACCCUAUACCGGGAGCUUUACCAGCUCCCCGUCCUCCGUCUUACAAUGGGCCUCCGUCGGGCAGCAUACCACGUCCACCCAUAACUAGAUGUGAAGAAAGCGAUAAUUUUAAACAAGUAGCUGCUCGCCACAAAAUGCGACGACACUUCAUACGCAGAGCUCUUGUAGUUCCUUCUCUGAUACAAUGUGAAAGAGAAUGUGUAGAGAGUCGGGAAUUUAUUUGCCGCAGUUUUAACUACAGGGACACAGCAGUUUCCAACUACGAUGACCGAGGAUUACCUAAUUGUGAAUUAAGCGAUCGUGAUUCGCGUGAUUUAGAUGUUCACGAUCCCAGCUUAUUUGAUGCAGCCAAUUAUGAUUUUUACGAACGUAGCAUAGCACGUAGUGAUGGCGAAUGCAUGGACGUGACCCAAACAUGCAACGAGGAGGGCAUGGAAUUCACUAUUCGCACUCCGGAGGGUUUUGUGGGCCGUAUAUAUACAUACGGUUACUAUGAUAGAUGUUUCUUCCGUGGCAAUGGUGGUACAAUAAAUGUUUUACGUAUAAGUGGUCCUCAGGGUUAUCCAGAUUGCGGUACACAAAAAUACGGCGACACGCUUACCAAUAUUGUGGUUGUGCAAUUCUCGGAUAAUGUACAAACGAGCCGUGACAAACGUUAUAAUUUAACGUGUGUGUUUCGCGGGCCAGGCGAAGCCAUUGUCACAUCUGGCUACAUAGGAGCAGGUUUUUCUAACAUUCUUAGAUCUGGCAGUCCCAUUCCAAUUGAGUACUUACCGGCGGAGAAUACCUUGAGCUCCAAGGUGCGUCUGAGUAUUUUAUAUCAAGGCAGACCUACAACUACCAACGUCUCCUGA